AUGGACAAGUUUAGAUACGACUUGGACGGUCAAGGAGGAUUCACAGGAUCCUCACAAGAUGGAACAUCACAACUGCGAAACCCCGGGACGCGACGCACCAUUACUCCCAUCACCAUCAAGCAGUUGGUAGAAGCCACUCAAGAAGUGCCCGAUGGAGAUUUCGUUGUCAAUAGCUUGGAAUUGAACUUUGUCUCCAUCGUGGCUGUAGUUCGCAAGGUGGAAAACUUGAACUCCUCCAUUGCCGUUGGAGUUGAAGAUGGUACAGGCGAAUGUGAAGUAAGACAAUGGGUUAAUGAACAGAAAUCAUCUCCAGCAGAACAAGAAGAGUUGCUCAAGAAACAUCUCAAUAAAUAUGUUUACAUAUAUGGAACCAUUAAGGAGUUUGGACAAAAGAAGAACAUUCAAAACCCAAUCAUUCGUGCUGUUGAGGAUUCGAAUCAGAUCCUUUAUCAUUAUCUUGGAGCCAUCAAUUGUCAUUUGAAGGCCAAUGGUGUAUUUGAUAAUAACAAAAUGUCGCUUCCCAAGGAUAAUACUAAUAAUGUUGCACAGGACUCUUCGUUGUUUGUGAAACUGAGUGGAGGAGGCUUGGAAGAUGAUGUAUUUAAUAUCAUCACUGAAUUCAGUCCUUCGUUGCCUGAAGGUGUGCCCUGUCAAUUGAUCUCCACCAAGCUCGGGAUAUCUAAUGACGAGGUCGUAGAGGUUCUCCAGUCGUUGAUGCACUCAGGCCGUGUUUUCAAUGGGUCUGGUGACGACAACUACUUGCCUAUAUGA